CAACAACAACACCAACAGAUGAUGCCUGGGCAGCAGCAACAACAACAACCGAUGAUGCCUGGGCAACAGCCAAUGAGACCGCCGUAUAUGGCUAUGCCUAAUGGUUAUAUGCAUCCUCCUCCUCAUGGAUCUCUUCCUCCCGUGUCUUGAUUGAAUACGGUGAGAAAGCUCAGAAGGCUUCAUAUUGCAGUUGUUUAGAGACUUCUUCUGCAACUCCCUACUUUGGUAUGCACAUAUCCGUAACUUCCUCAGUUUUGUCAAUUUAUAUUUCAAAGUUGGAGAAUAUUUCAAAGACAUCGUAUAUUUAGUUAAGCCUUAAAAUUGCAAAAUCCAGCAGUACUCCAAUGCUAUAUAAUGGCUGGUGCUGUCAUGUCGAUUUAGUAGGGUUUUUGUGGUAGUUUAAGGAUUCUUUUCCUUCCUGGGUUCUUGAGUUUCCGGAGCAGAUCAUGAGGCCUGCUGAGUUCUUGGUGCCCUUGUUUGGCAAGGUAUAAUUAUCCCUUAACAUUGUUUUAUAUUUCCUUUCCCUUCCUAUCUGUCUGUUCGUUUUGUUUAUAUUUCAUAAUGUAUAUCGGGCAAUCAACAGUUGACAUAACAAUGGUUGAUGGGCUAAAUUACGGUCUUUUUUCAUCAAAUGUCUUGGGUUUAAUUGAGAUGGUGAAAAUUUCGUUAUACUCAUUAGCGAAACAUGUUAGUUGGUGCGUUGGCUAUUUUGGCAAGGCUACUAUUGUUGCAUCUGGAUAUAUUACGAGGUAAGCAUGCUUGGUGACUUGUUGAUUAUGAACCUUGUAUUAUUUUGUUGAUCCAUCAGGUCUGCUCAGCUGCUCAUAGUUGCCCUGCUAUGCUGCCAUGUCUCUUAUUUGUGAUGUGUGGUAACAACACUUUUAAAGAUUGUGAAGGUUUCUUUGCCCCUAUUUAUGAAGUGAUAUUUUUUGUUAUUUUAUAUGUUAAUUACAAACCUAUGCUGAUGUGUUUGCAUAGAUGUUUUUUACAUGAUUGUGCAGGAGUUGUUCGUUAUCCUUUUCCCCCAAUGGCUCGUCCUCCUUUCCUUCCUCGGCCUGGAGUUACAGUUGGCAUGGUUCCGCAAAUGCCAAGGCCUCCUUUUUUGGGACUUCGUCCUCCAAUGACUCUCCCAAUUGUUAGGCCCCCUGUUCCAGUUGUUAUGCCAGUAGAGAAACCACAAACUACUGUUUAUGUUGGCAAGAUAGCCUCUUCGGUGGAGAGUGAUUUUGUACGUUCACUCCUUGAGUUAUGCGGACCAAUAAAGAGUUGGAAGCGAGCUCAGGAUCCAUCGGAUGGAACACCAAGAAGAUUUGGUUUCUGUGAAUUUGAAUCUGCUGAAGGGGUUCUCCGAGCUCUACGACUGCUGAGUAAAUGCAAUGUUGACGGCGAAGAGCUGGUGCUGAAUGUUGAUCAAGCAACAAGAGAUUAUUUAGAACGUUAUGUGAAGAAGAAGAAAGACAACUUGAUUAAACCUAGUGAGACUGGAGCCGAGGAAGCCACGAAAGAGGGAGAAGGUGCACCUGGUGUUGAUAAGGUUGAAGGUAAUGGGAAGGAAGAACCUGCUAAAACUGUUGUUGAAGAGCCAAAGAAAGACGUGAAUGAGACUGAAAACAAGGAAAAUGAUACGGCCAGUUUUGGCCUUGUUACAGAUGAGGACCGUAGUGUUGACCGGGAGGCUUUGGAGAAACUCACAAGUAUGAUAGAAGAACGCAUAAGGACUAAGCCUCUACCUCCUCCUCCUCCACCACCAGCACCGAAGGUUGUUGAUGGCACAAACAACUUGAACUCCGAAGUGCCUUCUAAAUCCGGGGACAAAGACUCUGAUAUUGACAAUGUGAAAAAUGAAGAUAAAAUUGACGAUGAGACGACCAGUGAGACUAAACCUUCAAAUAGAGCUGGAACAGAGUCACCCGAUCGAAAUAGAAGGUAUGAUAAUCGGAGCCGUGACCGUGACCGGCGGGAAAAGGAGAGAGAGCUUGAUAGAUUGGAAAGAGAACGAGAACGCGAAAGAGCAAGGAGAGAGAGGGAGAGAGACUUAGAGAUUCAAAAGGCUGAACGGUUUUACAAGGAGCGAGUUAAGGAAUGGGAGACUAGAGAAAAGGAGAGAGAGUAUGAGCGGAAGCGUGAGAGGGAAAAGGAGAAAGAAAGGGAGCGUGAAAGGAGGAGGCUGAUUUCUGAGCAAGAGGAUGAAAGCGAUGAUGAUUCUAGGAAAAGGAGACGGAAGUCUGAAAUUGAGGAUAAGAGGAGACGACGACGGAGGGAAAAGGAAGAGGAUAUGGCAGACAGACUGAAAGAAGAGGAAGAAAUCAUGGAAGCCAAGAAAAGAGCAGAGGAGCAGCAGAGGCAACAAGAAAAACAGGCAUUGGAGCUUCCUUCUGUUCCAGUGGCUAAUGGAAAUGAGACACCUGCCUCACUCUCACCUGAAGUUACUGCCAGUGAGACUAAAGAUGAUAUGGAGCACGAUCAUGAUUCUGCUCCUGCUAUUGCUCCUCCUCUUGCCCAUGCCCCUGUUUCAGUUCCUGCUCUUGCUCAUGAUCCUGCAAGCCAUACUGGUGAUGUGUCUGUUGAAAAUGGUUUUACUGAUGAACCAAUGACAGCAUCUGGCUCAACACAAGAUAGCAAGCUUAUGGGCAAUGCCCCGGCCAAAAAGCUUGGAUUUGGGUUGGUGGGGUCAGGGAAAAGAACAGCUGUGCCGUCUGUUUUCCAUGAGGAAGAGGAUGAUGAUGCGCAAAAAGACAAGAAAAUGAGGCCUCUUGUCCCAAUUGACUACUCUACCGAAGAACUUCAAGCCGGACAUGCCAAUGAUGGAGAGGCACUUCCAAUCUCAGCUGAAUCUGGUAAGCGUGUUAAUCCUAGAGAAGCAAAGUCUGAUGAUAGGGAUAGAAGUCGACGUUCUCAUGAUAGGUCAAGUCAUCGGGACCGUGAACAUGAACGUGGUGAUGAGGCUCCUCGACCUCGGGAGAUUUUGGAUGCAAAACAAUUAAUUGAUAUGAUUCCAAAGACUAAAGAAGAUUUGUUCUCAUAUGAAAUUAAUUGGACAGUGUAUGAUGAGAAUCGGUUGCAUGAAAGAAUGAGACCCUGGAUUUCCAAGAAAAUUACAGAGUUUUUGGGAGAAGAAGAAACCACUUUGGUGGAGUUCAUAGUAGAUAGAUUCCGAGAACAUGUCAAGGCCGAGAAAAUGCUGGAUGUGCUUCAGCGAAUUUUGGACGAGGAAGCCGAAAUGUUUGUCCUCAAAAUGUGGAGGAUGCUCAUCUUCGAAAUUAAAAAGGUUGAGACAGGUUUGACUACAAGACCAGGAGCGUGAAGUAAGAUUUUGGAUCUUCGUGUUCUUGCUGUCAAUUCUUUUUUCGCCUUUGUAAUUUUACCAAAGUAAAAGGGAUGGUAGGUAAUUAUGAUAUUGCAGCUCCAUUUUUACUGUUGUUUUCCCUCUCUUGCAUUGUUUGACUUUUAAAUUAGUUAUGAAAUUCUAGUUUAAUUUUGCCUCCAGAGAUGUAUCAUGAAACUGUAUAUGCAAGAAAGAAAGUUUUCCUUGUGUUUACUUA